AUGCUCCUCGCCCCGGGCGCAGGCAGGCGGCUGGGCGUCCUGCGCCCCUCGGGGGCGGCCUUCCUGCAGACCUUGCUGUGGAUUGUGUGUGCCGCCGUCUGCGGAGCCGAGCAGUAUUUCAAUGUGGAGGUGUGGCUGCAGAAGUACGGCUACCUGCCCCCGACGGAGCCGCGGCUGGCGGUGCUGCGCUCGGCCGAGGCCAUGCAGUCGGCGCUGGCGGCCAUGCAGCAGUUCUACGGCAUCAACAUGACAGGCAAGGUGGACCGGAGCACCAUCGACUGGAUGAAGAGGCCCCGCUGCGGGGUGCCUGACCAGACCAGCGGCAGCUCCCGGUUCAGCGUCCGCCGGAAGCGAUAUGCACUCACGGGCCAGAAGUGGCAGCACAAGCACAUCACCUACAGUAUAAAGAACGUAACUCCGAAAGUGGGGGACCCGGAGACACGCAGAGCUAUCCGCCGUGCCUUCGACGUGUGGCAGAACGUGACUCCCCUGACAUUCGAGGAAGUGCCCUACAGCGAGUUAGAAAACGGCAAGCGAGACGUGGAUAUAACCAUCAUUUUCGCAUCUGGUUUCCAUGGAGACAGCUCUCCCUUUGAUGGAGAGGGAGGGUUUUUGGCACAUGCCUACUUCCCUGGACCAGGAAUUGGGGGAGACACUCAUUUUGACUCUGAUGAGCCAUGGACACUAGGAAAUCCGAAUCACGAUGGAAACGACCUGUUCCUCGUGGCCGUGCACGAACUGGGCCACGCGCUGGGCCUGGAGCACUCCAACGACCCCACGGCCAUCAUGGCCCCGUUCUACCAGUACAUGGAGACCGACAGCUUCCAGCUGCCCAGCGACGACCUGCAGGGCAUCCAGAAGAUCUACGGUCCACCGGACAAGGCCCCUCCGCCGACCAGACCCCUGCCCACGGCGCCCCCACACCGCUCCGUGCCCCCGGCCGACCCCCGCAGGAAUGACAGGCCCCGGCCGCCCCGGCCGCCCACCGGCAGGCCCGCCUACCCCGGCGCCAAGCCCAGCAUCUGCGAAGGCAACUUCAACACGCUGGCCGUCCUCCGCCGCGAGAUGUUUGUGUUCAAGGACCAGUGGUUCUGGCGGGUGAGGAACAACAGGGUCAUGGACGGGUACCCCAUGCAGAUUACUUACUUCUGGCGCGGCCUGCCUCCGGGGAUCGACGCAGUGUACGAAAACAACGAGGGCAACUUCGUCUUCUUCAAAGGCAACAAGUACUGGGUGUUCAAGGACACGACGCUGCAGCCCGGCUACCCUCACGACCUGGUCACUCUCGGGAGCGGGAUCCCCCCGCACGGCAUUGACUCAGCCAUCUGGUGGGAGGACGUUGGGAAAACCUAUUUCUUCAAGGGGAACAGGUACUGGAGGUACAGCGAAGAAAUGAAGACCAUGGACCCCGGCUACCCCAAGCCCAUCACCGUCUGGAAGGGCAUCCCCGACUCCCCGCAGGGAGCCUUCGUGCACAAGGAGAACGGCUUCACGUAUUUCUACAAGGGAAAGGAGUAUUGGAAAUUCAACAACCAGAUACUCAAGGUGGAGCCCGGAUACCCCAGGUCCAUCCUGAAGGACUUCAUGGGCUGUGAGGGACCCACAGACAGACACACAGAAGGACACAGCCCGCCCGACGACGUGGACAUCGUCAUCAAGCUGGACAACACGGCGGGCACGGUGCGGGCGGUGGCCAUCGUGAUCCCCUGCAUCCUGGCGCUGUGCCUGCUGGCGCUGGCCUACACCGUGCUGCAGUUCAAGCGCAAAGGCACGCCGCGCCACAUACUGUACUGCAAGCGCUCCAUGCAGGAGUGGGUGUGA